AUGGACAAAUUUCCACCGGAAGUGCAGCAUAUUUUGGCACCCGCCUCCGACAUUCUUUCGGCAACGCAACUUACUCAGAUGGCUGAUCGUAUUAUGGAGAUGCACGGUUUUUCCAAGCUGUCACUUUCAGCACUCUCAACUCCCUCAACUCAUCCUACGUCUCUCCUUUCACAGUUGGAGAUCGAGCUCAGCAGGCUGGCCGCUGAUAUAGCUUCACUCCAGAAGCAGACAGUCUCCCCCUCAUUUCGGAGCCAGCCGAAGCCUUCCACCCCGCAUCUCCAGUCUUCACAUUCAGCCCGUCCAAAUGCAGCUGCCAUCUGCUGGUACCACACCACCUUUGGUGUUAAAGCCCGUCGCUGCAUCUCGCCCUGCUCCUUCACCUCCAAGCAGAGCAAACGGGUAAAACCGAUCAACCCGAACGUCAGUGCAGCCAAUCUUUUCGACAGCUCUAACUCUGGUCGCACCUUCUAUGUUUGUGAAACUGCGACUCGCAGACGUUUCCUGGUGGACACUGGAGCCCAAAUCAGCGUUGUUCCCCUCACUGCAGCUGAUCGUCGUUCCCCUAGCCCUGGUCUUCACCUCCAAGCUGUUAACUGUUCCCCAAUUCCCACUUUUGCCAGUCUAUCCCUCACUCUGAACAUUGGCCUUCGUCGGUCAUUAACUUAGAUCUUUGUGAUUGCUGACGUCCCUCAUCCAAUCCUCGACUCGGACUUUCUUGCCGAGUUUGAUCUCCUUGUUGACUGUCGACGUGCCCGUCUCCUCGACCGCACAACCGGUCUGUUCGUUCGUGGACUAAGUCGCUUUACUGCCCCCACCAACUUAUCUGUUUUGGAUACGGAUAUUGCUAGUCCUUUUCGGCAACUGCUGCUUAGCCACCCCAACAUAAUUAACCCCCAGUUUCGCAGUGGUGAGGUUCAACAUGAUGUUGUGCACCAUAUCCGCACUUCAGGUCCUCCCGUCUUUGCUCGACCGAGACGACUAGCACCGGAGCGUUUUCAGGCCGCGAAAGCGGAGUUUGGACACAUGGUGCAACCGGGAAUAAUUCGACCGUCCGACAGCCCUUGGGCGUCCCCACUGCACAUGGUGCCCAAGGCGACAUCAGGCGACCCUGUGGCGACUAUUGAGCCCUCAACAGCGCUACCAUUCCUGAUCGGUACCCCGUGCCUCAUCUUCAGGACUUUGCUGGAGUCCUUUUCGGCAAAGCAGUUUUCUCGAGGAUUGAUCUGGUGCGUGCUUUUCAUCAGAUUCCAGUCGCGCCUGAGGACAUCCCUAAAACCGCCGUCACCACACCCUUCGGUCUCUUUGAGUUCGUCCGCAUGCCGUCUGGUCUACGUAAUGCCGCCCAAACGUUCCAGAGGUUCAUCGACCAUGUCUUACUUGGCCUGCCCUUUGUGUAUGCCUACAUUGAUGACCUCUUGGUGGCCAGCCGAAAUGAAGAAGAACACAAACAGCAUCUUGUCUUGCUAUUUGAUUGUCUUGACAAGUUUGGCGUUGUCAUCAACCCCUCCAAGUGCGUGUUGGGUGUGCCUUCACUCGAGUUCCUCGGCCGUCAGGUCGACUCUGAAGGUUUGCAUCCCCUCCCCUCCAAGGUUGAAGCAGUUCGUAAUUUCCUCCUUCAACUUCCAAGCGUCAGUUACAGCGAUUCUUCGGCAUGGUCAAUUUUUACGGUCGGUUCCUACCGAACUGUGCUGACCUCAUGCUGCCGUUCACCAACAUGCUUUCUGAUCCCAAAGGUUCUCUCGAGCAGACUGGUGAAGCACUGACUGCUUUUGAGAGAAUCAAGAAUUCCCUUGCCGAUGCCACCUUACUCACACAUCCCGCUCCCGAAGCUCAGCUGUCUCUGAUGGUAGAUGCCUCGACCGUAGCCGUAGGUGCAAUCCUUCAACAACACCUUGCUGGUUCGACUCAACCACUUGCCUUUUUCUCCAAAAAGCUCUUACCAGCCGAGACACGCUACAGCACCUUUGGCCGUGAACUACUUGCCAUUUACCUGGCUGUAAAACAUUUCCGACAUUUCCUUGAAGGUCGUGACUUCACUGUUUUCACUGACCACAAACCGUUGACUUUUGCACUUCGUUCCUACUCCGACAAGUACAAUCCGAUGGUUUUGGUGGGAUCUUCACUUUCCAGUGAAAGCCCUAUUGUAAGUGGUGUCCUACACAGCACCGUUUUAGGUCCUCUUUUGUUCUUGCUUUACAUUAAUGAUAUUUCGGCAGCAGUUAAACAUUCUCAACCAUUUAUUUAUGCUGAUGAUCUCAAAUGUGUACAUUCUUUCAAAAAAUCUACGAGCCUUCGUUGCCUGGAGCAAAUUCACGCUGACUUACUUGCUCUCUCAGCUUGGAGCUCAAAAUAGCUAAUGGAAUUCUCUCCGUCUAAAUGUCGCUAUAUGUGUUUUGGGCCUGAUAGGCUACCCCAACCAGUGGUCUUUCAAGGCACACCUAUGACUGAAUGUACCACCAUCAAGGAUUUAGGUUUAAGCUUCACUAGUAAUCUUGAUCUCUCGCCACAUGCUGACAGAAUUACAGCAAAAGCAGCCCAGAUUUGUGGCUUUAUUUCUUGCAAUUUCUAUCUUCCUGUAAUUAAAUUAAGGCUCUAUCGUAUAUUUGUACUUGCCAUUCUCGAGUAUUGUUGCCCGUUCGUUGGUUUGAUGAACGAGGCCUAGUUGCUCAAAAAUUGAAAAUGUCCAAAGACGUUUUUCUAAAAAACUUUUAGAUAAGGAACAUCCCAAUAUCUCCUACUCAGAUAGAUGCCAGCUAAAUAACCCAAAAUUUUAUGCGUUCAAAGGCUAGACGCAGGCGUCUGUCUCCUCUUUCGCAUUAACAAUAGUUCAAAUCUUCCUCGGAUUUCAGCCCUUACCCCUAGUAGUCGCCUGUACAAUCUUCGCAGCUCUUCCCUGAUUAUACCUCCUCUCGCUUCCUCCACGUCUAAGUGCUCUCCAUUUCGCUUCCAGAUAUACUUUCCUCUGGAAUAG